AAACGAUGAAAUUGCCUCAGAUGAGUUCGAAAAAGUAGGUUUGCGACUGUUCAGGCAGUGUAAAAUGCGAUCAUUUGGGACAAAGAAUAAAAAUAAAGAAUCAUUCAAAAUACAAUAGGGACCUCGCAGGUCGUUGCCUGCUCGGGCCCUAAAUAAUAUGCCUAAAUAUAGCUGCAGGUUAUGGUAGAACUACAACACCCACAAUUCCCUGCCACCGCCAGCAACAAGGAAGUGUGAUCGAUCGGUAAACGUCAAAUAUGUUGACAUCUCUCCUGUGGUAGCCUACGCGUCAAAGUGUUUUAGUAGCUGUCCGCAUAAUAUUGCUCACAUCUUAAGUCAUGGCAGGAAAGACCCAGGAGCUUAACGAAUCCGUAGUGAUCCGCAGCCUCAGGCGGUUCAGAGACAGGUAUUUCUCAAACAGUGGGAAAGUUCAUAAAGACAACCUGACGCCUGCAGAAGGUACAGGAGGAGAGACACAACCGGGAUUUCUGGACAUCUUACCUGUGGACAUACACUUCCUGAUCAUGACCUUUUUGUCUCCUGCGGACAUCUGCUGCCUGGGAGCAACCAGUCGGUACUGGAGGGCCGUGGUUAGAGAUCCAUUGCUGUGGAGAUACUUCCUGCUCAGGGACAUGCCAUACUGGCCCUCCAUUGAUCAUGUGAGCAUGCCUCAACUGGAGUUAUUGGAUGUGCCGCUAGUCAAUGAAGAUGAGAGUCUGGAUGAUAGAGAAGAAGGGGAUGACAAAGGGAUGGAAUCGAAAGUUGACUACAUGUCAGAAUACCUGAAAGGCUGUCCGUCCUGCAGACAACAAUGGCUUCCUUCACGGCCUGCAUAUGAGGUCGUGACCUCGUUUCUUCAGUCGCUGGUGUCCCCAUCCGAACCACGUUAUGCCAUGUUUGGCCCUGGCAUGGAACAGCUGGAUGUCUCUUUAGUCACAAGGCUCAUGUAUGCUCCAGAUGUGCUUCCUGUGACAGGCACUCCUCAAAGACAGAUAAAUGGUAUUGGCUCAGGGAUCAGUUACAUGUUCAACAAUCAACACAAAUUUAAUAUCCUGACUCUGUACUCAACCAAUAGGGCAGAGAGGGAAAGAGCCAGAACUCAACAGCAGAGCAUCAAUAAUAAACUUUUUACCUUUGAAGGAACCAAUGAUUCAGGACUUCCAAUCUACAGUCCUGCUCCUCAGGUCCAGCAAGUGUGCCAGGUGGUGGAUGGUUUCAUCUAUGUAGCCAAUGCAGAGCCUGAGAAAGGUGAGAGGGAGUCGGAGGUGGCUCAGAUUCGGGCUGUGAUGAGUUGUGCUGAGGGUUCAGCAUCCAGACCUCUGCUGGUGCUCUCCUGUGUUUCCAGAGAAGAACCGGAAGCAAUCAGUGCAACCAGCCUGCAAAGUUCAAACAGCAGAAACAGGACCAGGUGGCGAACUCCCUGUGUUGCCAUGGCAAAGAGACUCGGGCUACCACAGCUGGCUAACCCCUGGAUGGUUCAGGACACAGUAGCAGAAUCCCUGUCAGGUCUUCUAGAUGGCAUUUCCUGGCUGCUGAGAUGUUCUGGAGUCAAACUCCAUGGUAGCUAAUUUAAAGUUAUCUAACUUCUUCUGCUGCCAGAUGAAUGAAAACCACAGACCUCACUGCUGCGUCAUCCUGACAUCCUAAUGAGACACACUACGGUAUUUCCGAGUAAUGUAUACCACAUGUGCACUGAAUUUCUAUGGACUGGCAGUGGGAUUUAAUGAAUUGGAUCAGCAGUAGAACUCAUGGGUUUCUAACUAUUAUUAUUGAUCCAAGAAAAUGAGAGCGGCUCCAUUCUUAUUUACAGAAAGAGACAUUUGAAAGAGUUACAUAUAAACUGGGGUUGUUGAGCACUUAGCUCUAUGGAGCUGCUGGGUAAUACAUGCCUUGCUUAAAGUAAAAAACAAACAAACAGACUUGACUACAAGACUAGCGGUAUAAUCUACACCCACACAUUACAAUGUUAUGUUAAUUAUUUUAAUUAAGGCACUUUAAUUCGUGCGGCAUAUCAUGACAUGUGUUUACAAUUGACUACUGCUAAUCAGGUGGCCCACUGUUAUAGAGAUUGUCAUUUUUUUUACAUGACAUUUUUUUAUUCACUGCUCAUAAAAACCUGACACAACUUUUUAUUUUACGUUUAAGUGUGUGCCAACAACCUUCCAACAGAAAGUCAGCUUUUAAAACUUGAUGAUCAAUGCUAUGAUGUGAUUUUUAUACCCAAACUACAACACAAGCAAUUUAAUUUCUUUACUUUAUUUUGAAUAAUAUAUGUUUAUGCAAUGUAUAAAUGUUGUUUUUUGAUAAAUGCUAUAUGCUCUUCUGAUUUUAAAUGAUUAUCGUUUGCGGCACAAUUAAUUUGUUUUGCAAAUGGUUUCAAAAUGACAGAUUUUUCUUGGAGUGGAUGAGUUACAUAUUCAGUCUCUAACACCACUGAUAACUUUAUUAAAUGUUUGUUAAAUAACUAGUAAAUUGCUGUUAAGUAAUCACAACGAAGAAUAUAGUUUUUGUAUUUUUUUCUUUUCAUCCUUUUUUUCCUCCGUUCAUCGUUUUAUCUUGUGCACAUAUGCACAAAUUUAAACUCUUUUGAGCAGUGGAAGGUAUUUCAUUCCCCUUCCUUUACUUUCCUCUGAGGUCAGUCCUGGCAGGAAUAGUUGAGUCCACAUCUAUAUGUCAGCAAAAGAGGAAGAAUAUCCAGUUUUGGCCACCAGAGAGUGCUAGUUGUAGCUGUUUGGUUCAGUGCUUGGUUACUACUGCCUUUCUAGCUGCCUUGACUGUUUGUCUGGUAAGUGAAAGGCUGCCAUGACCAUAGAGAUAUGAAAUGUGAGAAAUAAUCUUUAAACAUAGUUAUACCAUAAUCACAGCAGGACUAGAGGACAGCAGUGUUGGUAAGGAAACAUUUGUAUUGGCACUAAAUUACCUUCCAUUUCUAACAGACUACUUAAACAGAAAUUACAAUAAUUUGAUAUCUGAACCAAUACAGGCAUCUGCUUACAAUAUAUUAAGUUUAUCUUUUUUUUUUACUCUAAAUGGCAUCAUAAUUAACAAAAUGAACAUCAUGUUGUACUGAAAACUUGAAACCAGUGAUUAAGACUAUAAACUCAUUAAGAAAAUAUUUACUGAGGUAAUGAAUCAACUGAAAGCUAGGGACAAUUUCUCAUGGACUUCUUCACAAUCCAACUUCUUUUGGGAACCAUUGGAGUUGCCCCCUGCUGGCCAUUACAAAGAAUGCAGGUUUGUAUUGGCUUUACUUCCAAGACCGAGAGGUUGCUGCUUGAUUUUCAAAACUAACUGAUAUAUGUAAUCUGUUUUUAAUUUUCAGAGUGUUUACUUUAAAUAGACUAGCACAGCGGACUAGUUUAUAACUAAUACAAGGUGCUAGUCAGCUGCGCUAAUACUUAAAUUAACUCAUUAGAAAGCCAGAUGUCUAACUGAUACCUAACUAACAAAUGGGGGUAAAUGCAUAAUCAAUUUUUCUGUAGAUUUCGAAACUGAAUAAAAUGUGAGGAUUAGUCAUAAGGUCUCCACUUUGAGAUAGACCCCCCUGUCCCCACUGACCCUGGAUCUCCCGCCAUAAAGGGUUUUUUUGUUUUGGAGUGUUCUACUGUUAUUAAUUCAGAGAAUCAGUCCGUCUCCUAAUAACAUCAGUAUGUGGCUUUGUAAGGCAGGCAAUUGUAGACAAUCUUGAUUAGUCCUUCUAGACUGACAUUGAUUGAAAUCAAAUCAGUAACACUCUUAAUUUCUGUUCUUGCAUGUGUUGAUUUCCAUGAUUGAGUUCCAGCACAAUUACAGCACUUAAAUGUGUCAGAUAGUGUGUUUAGGUUUCAGGUGUUUGUCCAUUGAAAAUCACCUCCUGUUUCAUAUUCGAUGUCCCUGCUGGCCAUGUUCACAUGUCCUAACGGCUUCAUGUAAGGCAUGACAAGAUAAUGUGCCUCACUGAUGCGCUUUUGUUCUAGUCCCCUAGGUAACCAUGAGUCUUUGGUAUGUUCCCCCCAGCAGGCCUUCCAUCAAAAGGUUCUUUUGUCUCAACAAUCAUUUUUAGAGACAUACAGAUUUAGAAUAGGACCAUGAUUGGUGCAAUUUAGGUGCAUUAAGCUGAGCUGAAUACUGCUGAAGCGGAGAUUGAUUUUUUUUUUUUCGUGAAAUUUUAAGGGAAAUGAUGGACUCGGCCAUGUGUGCGUGAGAGAGUUUCUGAGAGGCAGAAUCUAACUUGUCAUCUCAACUCAUUGCUGUGUAGAUAGGAUGUAUAUCUCUUAGGUCCUCACUGCACAGUUAUUUACCAACAAUGUAUGUUUCAAUGUCCACCAUCGUUCCUUCGGGUGCUGGAAAUCCUUGCAAACACUUGAAUUGGAAUGUGAUGUUUUCAAGGUUCAAUCAGUGCUGUAUUAAAUGUUUUAUUUUUUACAAAGCUGAACCAGGGACAAGCUUCAUAUAUUGUCCCUAAUUGCAUUAUACAUAAAAGGUUUAAUAAAUGCUUGGACUAUAAGUACUGUGUUUGAAACUGCUAAUUAUAUAUUAAAUAUAUGUUAUGCAAGUCUACUUACAAACAGGAAACACAUUUGGUGACCCCUUUCUAGAAUGCUGUCACAAAACAUAACGUUGGUUGUUUGUAGCACAAUAACAUCUAAUUUAAUGUGAUGAAGAAGUGUAAUAAUUAUUAUGUUGUGUAUGCUCUAUGUACUGUAGAUUAAUAUGUAAUAUACCACAGAUGUAAGGUGCUGGGAUAGUUUGAAAAUGCACGUUGAUAAUGCUUGAAAAAGGGCUUUAGUUUGACUUUGGAACCUGACUGUCCAACAAUGAAGAUGGACCACAUUAAAAAAAAUAGCACAUAAACCACGGGAACCAGUUUUCUAGGUAGGAAUGCAGGGAAUAGCUGCUUAAUCAUUUGUUAUUACUCUGUGAUCCUCAUGGAGCCAUUUGGAGGUGAAGACCUUCUGCUGAGGAAGGACUGGCUCUGUCAGUGUGGGUGGUUAUUUGGGUAGUUAUAGUCUGAAUGAAUGAAAGUAUGAAUAAAGAUGAAAUACUUUUUUUGUGAAUGCAGACUAAAGGGAAUAAACUAGCCAUGAAGUUACUGCUGCUUUGCAGCCAGGAUAUGUUGGAUCCACUGCUGGAACUUGCUUGGAUAAGAUAUUUUCAGAGACUUUUCAUUUAGACUGCAGACUGUGGACCAUUAGCACACAUCCCUACAUAAUGAUGGCUGGGGUUUGGUGGGGGAGGUUCCUGGGCCUUGUUUUGGAAGGUUGAAUGAGUACCAGACCUCCAGCUGCUUCUUGUCUUCUGAAAUCAAAAGGGGCCUCUGGGAUAUGAUGUCACAAGGAAGAAACCUCUAUUUACUGACCUAAAACAGUUUACAGAAGUCUGCAACAGUUUGUGGACAAUUACCCUGCAUGUACAAUGUGUAUAGAGACGCAAGGAUGCAAAUGCUAUUUGGAAAUAGUGUGCAUAUAAAAGGCAAUAAAGUCAGAGACUGAUUAAAAGGCUCUUCUUCUGUGCUUUGCAGCCUCUUAAACUUGGUGUCAUACCAAAUGUAUGAGAGUUGUUCCUGUUUGAUGAAGCAGAGUUUAAUGCAGUUCAGUUUAUAGCAUUCUUUGCACAGCCUGUGGCAAUAGAAAAAAGUAAUCAGCACGUAUUGCACAGCCAGUCUACUUACUUAUGUAAUAUGCAGAAUGUUUUGGCAGAGGUAUUUCCUAUAUAUU